AAAGAGACGAGAGCGUGUGGGGAGUGAGAAUGCCACGCUUUCACUUCACUUUUUUCAUUUCCUAACAAAAAAAAAUCCAACCACUUGCAUCAUCUCUUCCUAACCAUUUCACCAUUAACUAACAAGUAAGCACCACUCUUAUCCUCACCUUCCUCCUUUUUCUACCAAGAGACGAUCUCAGAAAAGAGGAUACUCUAGAAUAAUAUAGAAAAGGUUGACCAAUAAAUUAUUGUUGCAUUAAAAGAUCAUGGCAAUAACUAUGCAGUUACAGCAACAAGCAACAACAGCCACUGCAAGCAAGUCAUGGACUAUACCUUCAGCUCUGGUGCCUCCUACAGGUACCAGCAUCGGCCUCAGGCGCCCUGCUGAUCGUUUCGCAUUGCGAUCAUCGUUCUCCUCUUCUUCUCUCCGUCUCCCGAGUGUCAAUGUUAGUGCUGCCCCCAAGUUCUCAAUGCGUGUUGCAUCCAAGCAAUCUUAUAUCUGCCGUGACUGUGGAUACAUUUACAAUGAUACUCGGAAACCUUUCGAGAAAUUACCUGACAAUUAUUACUGUCCUGUAUGUGGUGCUCCGAAACGCAGAUUCAGGGCAUAUGAGCCACCAGUAACCAAGAACGCAAAUGACGCAGAUGUUCGAAAAGCAAGGAAAGCUCAGAUUAAAAAAGAUGAAGCUAUUGGGAAAGCAUUACCAAUUGCCAUUCUUGUCGGAAUUGCUCUGCUUGGUGGUGUGUACUUCUACCUCAACAGCACCUUUUAAGUUCCCUAUAUGAAGUUUUGAAACUCAGCACAGAACAGCUUGAUUCUCAUCACCCUGUACUUGUGACCUCCUUUUAACAUCAAUACCUGCAUUUCUUAUUCUUUUUGUAUAAGUGUACUAGAAAGGAAUAUGGAUAUAUAAGCUUGAUGAAACCAUAUGAAAACAUUUUACUAUGUCA